AUGAAAAUACUUACACUAAAUUUUUUAAUAUAUACAAUUGGCGGUAUAUGGUCACCUAUCGAGUGGUCAUCAAAUGGUGCUAAAUUGUUGUAUAAUAUAUUCACCUUUGUUAUACUAUUUAUGUUAUAUUUCUUGAUGCUAACUCAAUUUACGGAUAUCAUUUUUGUUGUCGACAAUGUCGAUGAUUUUGUUUCUAAUUCUUUAAUGUUCGUGAGUAUUGUUGCUGUUUGUUGUAAAGCGACUAUUAUCGUAACACGUCGAAGUGCAGUCAUCAAUUUAUUACAAAUGUUGUUGGAAAAACCGUGCAAGCCUGAAAACGAGAAUGAAAUGGGGAUACAAACAAAAUUCGAUGAAUUUAUUAGAUCAUGGACAAUAAAAUACUUACUAUUGGCAUUGGGUUCUCUCACAAGCGUAACGAUAGGAUCAGUGUUGAACGCUAUGCAAGGUCACUUGCCUUGUAGAGUAUGGCUACCAUUCGAUACUAAUACACCUCUGAUAUUCUGGAUUACAUCUAUACAGCAGAUUGUAACUGUGUUAUUCGCCACUAUCAUAAAUAUUGGCACGGAAACUUUAGUAUUUGGAUUGUUCUUGCAAACAUGUGCCCAGCUCGAAAUUUUUGAACAUCGGCUUCACAACCUAAUUGCUAACAAAACAGUUGGAUAUAUCGAAUAUUUGACUAUUUCUUCAAGUAAAAAAGAAAUAGAAAUAUCUGAAUACGUACGUCAUCAUCUUGAAAUUUACAAAUACGCCAAAAUGGUGAACGUUAUAUUUAACCCAGUACUCUUUUUCCAAUUCUUUGGCAGUAUUUUGGUAUUAUGUACAAGUAUAUAUUACAUAUCAAUACAUAUUAAGGAAGCUGCGUCUUUUCUGGUAUAUACAAUUUGCAUGUUUGUGCAAAUUUAUCUUUACUGCUGGUCUGGAAACGAAGUCAUGCUUAAGAGUAAGAGCAUAGGAGACGCGAUAUAUUGUACGGACUGGCCUUCACUAUCAGUCAGCGAAAAGAAAGAUCUGUUGAUAAUCAUGAAGCGUAGCACAAUGCCUAUAACAUUUACUAGCAGCUUUUUGAUAACUUUAACUCUUCAGUCUUAUACUACCAUAUUAAAAACAUCAUAUUCGGCAUUUAAUGUGUUACAACAAUCUUGA